AUGAGGAGUUCACGGAUCAAUGGAAAGAGGUUUUCUCGGAUGUCUUUUGCGGCGGGGACACUUCCCCUUUGGUGGAUAAUGUUUAACAUCCUCUGUUGGAAUUGCAGAGGUGCGUGUAAGAAGGAGACCGGGAACUUCUUACGACACCUCAUCGGGGAGCACAACAUCAGUAUCAUUGGUCUAGUUGAGACCAAAAUGGAAACAUUCUCUCGUGCAGAUGCGGACAAGCUUGCGGGGAGGAAUUGGGAUUUGUGCUUUCAGCCUUCAGUGGGUAGGGCUGGGGGUAUUCUUGUUCUUUGGCUAGGUGCGAUUGGCACCUUUAAUGUCACCUUUCAAAUGAACCAAUGUAUUAUGGGGAGUUUUAGGUGGACGCGUUCUCCGUCAUGGAAGCAUGCUGUGGUUUAUGUCGUUAAAGAUAGGUACACUAGGCAACGGAUUUGGGAGGAUAUCUCGCAGCAUCAUGUUGCCAACGCCCCUUUGGUGGUGGUGGGGGACUUCAAUUGCAUUAUGGGGGGGGGGCACUUCAACUGCAUUAUGGCAAAGAGUGAGAAGAAGGGGGGGAGACCCUUUGUUUUCAAUCCUGUGGCAGGCGAUAUAGGAGAUUUCAUGAAUGCUAAUGGCCUGAUUGACCCUGGAUUCUCGGUACCUGCCUUCACAUGGACAAACAAUAAGGAUGCUGGAAGUCGAAUUUACUCACGGUUGGAUCAGUUUCUGAUCAGUUCAUCCAUUCUGGAUGAAUUUCAGGGCUUGAAGGUUAAGCACCUCUCUAGGCUUACUUCUGAUCAUUGUCCCAUCCUCUUUUUAAUUCAGGCGGGUGGUAGGAGGGCUUAUUCCUCUUGGAUCCGGUUUGAAGAUGUUUGGGCCAGCUAUCCUAGGGCGUGGCAAUUGGUUACGUAG